GGUUCUUCAGGAAGAUUUUGCGCAGCACCGUCUACCGAGAAAAAUUAGCAAUGGGAAGAAGACCGGCUAGGUGUUACCGUCAGAUCAAGAACAAGCCAUACCCAAAGUCUCGUUACUGCCGUGGUGUUCCUGAUUCAAAAAUUAGGAUCUACGAUGUUGGCAUGAAGAGGAAGGGUGUUGAUGAGUUCCCCUUCUGUGUUCAUUUGGUCAGUUGGGAAAAGGAGAAUGUCUCCAGUGAGGCUCUUGAAGCUGCCCGUAUUGCUUGCAACAAGUAUAUGACCAAGUUUGCAGGAAAGGAUGCGUUCCAUUUGAGGGUUAGGGUUCAUCCGUUCCAUGUUCUACGUAUCAACAAGAUGUUGUCGUGUGCUGGAGCUGAUAGACUCCAGACCGGUAUGAGAGGUGCUUUUGGCAAACCACAAGGUACUUGUGCUCGUGUUAGCAUCGGUCAAGUUCUUCUCUCUGUUCGCUGCAAAGAUACCAACAGCCAGAAUGCUCAGGAGGCACUWCGUCGUGCUAAAUUCAAGUUCCCUGGCCGUCAAAAGAUCAUCGUCAGCAGGAAAUGGGGAUUCACCAAGUUUAGCCGAACUGAUUACGUGCAGUGGAAAUCUGAAAACCGUAUCAUGUCCGAUGGUGUUAAUGCCAAGCUUCUUGGAUGCCAUGGACCUCUUGCAAACCGUCAGCCUGGAAGAGCUUUUCUAGAUGCCGUUGCUUAAGCUAGCUGUUAUUCAUGUUGGAAACUAGCAGCUUUUUUUUGUAGUGAACUUAAGACUGUUUGUUUUGUUUGUUCACUAGAAUUUGAAGUCUUGUUUUAUGUUUUGGCCGCUAUGUACUGAAAGAACACAUUCGUGAUAUGAAUUUGAAUUUGAAUGGUCUUCCAUUAAUCUC